UCUCGGCGAUCCGCCCCUCUCUCCCCUUAAGCCAAAGCCAUUCCCUCCCCCUCCCUGCCUGCCUUACUCACACAGCCGCAUCCUCAGCAGCGCAGCCAGUGAACCGUGUUGUAGUCUGUGUGCGCACACUCCAGACGCACUCGCAGACAGACGCGCGCGUGUGGGGUCCUCUGUCUGCUUAGGUCGUGGGUCUCCGCCAGGAUGAAGAUGACCAUCAGCAGCAGCAGCAUCCUCGUCAUCUGGCUUGCAGCGGCGCUGUGUGGAAGCCUCGGAGAGAAAUGCCACGAUGGCUUCUGCGCUAACGGUGGAACCUGCUUCCUGGAGAGCGGCAAAGACGGCACCAACCUCAAGUGCCACUGCACUCCCGAGUUCAUAGGCCGCCAGUGCGAAGAGCGGCUGCCAGGACCCUGCAGCCGGAGCCCGUGCCACAACGGCGGCAAGUGCGAGGUGCAGGCGAUGGGGCGCGGGGACUCCCUGGAGGAGCCGUUCCGCUGCUCGUGCGCGCCCGGGUUCAAGGGAGAUCUCUGCCAGGAAGGGCCCUGCAGCUCGAGCCCGUGCCACAACGGCGGGCAGUGCGAGGCGUCGCUCGGGGUGCGCGGAGACUCCAUCGACGAGGAGUUCCACUGCAAGUGCCCGAGGGGCUUCAAGGGCCAACUCUGCACAGACAACAUCGACGAGUGUCUCGACAAGCCGUGUCAGAAUGGUGGCAUCUGCCGAGACCUCAAAGGGGACUACACGUGCGACUGCCCGGCCGACUACACCGGCAAGAACUGCCAGCUGCGCUGCGGGGCACCGCUGGGGAUGGAAGGGGGCGGUAUCAAGAGCUACCAGAUCUCCGCCUCCUCCAUGUACAGUGGCAUAUUUGGUCUGCAGAAGUGGUUCCCCUUCUAUGCGCGCCUCAACCGCAAUGGUCUGGUGAACGCGUGGACUCCCGACGAUCAGGACAGGUCGGCCUGGAUCCAGGUGGACCUGGGCCGCGCGAUGCGCGUGAGCGGCGUGACGACGCAGGGCGCACGCCGCAUGGGCAGCGCCGAGUACAUCAAGAAGUUCACACUCGCGUUCAGCGAUGACGGCAAGAUGUGGAGCGGAUACCGCGAGGCGCGCUCCACCAAGAACAGGAUUUUUCCCGGAAACUGGGACAACUCGACGCCGCGCGUGACGGCCCUCAGCCCGUCCAUCACGAGCCGCUACGUGCGCCUGCUGCCCACGAUCUGCCACAACCGCUGCACCCUGCGCAUGGAGCUGCUGGGGUGCGAGCUCACCGGCUGCUCAGAGCCACUGGGUGUGAAAGACGGGAGGAUCAAGGACAAGCAGAUGACGGCGUCCGGAGUGUUCCACACCCUGGGCCUCGACUUCUGGGGCUGGGAGCCGCACUUUGCCCGACUCGACGCCACAGGCAGAGUCAACGCCUGGACCCCCGCCAGCUGCAACGAGCAGCAGUGGCUGCAGGUGGACCUGCUGCGGCCGCGGCGAGUGUCGGGCGUGGUGACGCAGGGAGCGCGAGACCUCGGCACCGUGCAGUUCGUGCGCGCCUACAAGGUGGCGCACAGCGACGACGGCAAGAGCUGGACGCUCUACAAGGACGGGGCGAGCGGGCGCCCCAAGAUCUUUGCCGGCAACUACGACAACAACACGCACAAGAAGAACAUGUUCGAGUCGCCGUUCUGGGCGCGGUACGUGCGCAUCCUGCCCACGGCGUGGUUCAACCGCAUCACACUGCGCGUCGAAAUCCUGGGCUGCGACGAGUGAGCUGGGGCAUGCGAGCUCCGCCAAUCGGCAAAGCACCACCUCCUCCUCUUCCUCCUCCUCAUCUUCCCAAGCAGCCUCCUCGUCCCCUCUACCCCAGCCCACGUGAAUUUAACUGACACCGGGGGAAAAAAAUGUAUCGGCAGGGCGGGAGAUAUGCGGGGGUCCACAUUUUGCAUGGUGCGGUGGGGGGAGUGGGUGCCGCGUGUGUUUGUAAAUCUUAACUCAUAAUCGCGGUCAAUGAUUUAUGCAGGAAAUACUCUCGGUGAGUCUCAGAAUUUGUUGACGAGGCUCCUCUCCUUUCCCGAGAUGUCGGGCCCCGAUUCCUGACUGAGUGUCUUGACUGUGGGAGGAGCCAGAAGUACCCAGAGAUAUCUAAAAAAAAAAAAA